CUUCUCUUCGUGGUGCAUGAAAGCAUUGGGGCAGAUGAGGAAUGAUGCUAUGGACCAUUAUCUUCAUAUAAAAGGCACAGAUGAAGAGGGCUAGCAUGUCUCAUCCUGUAUGGAGCUCACUUCAGAUGCCCUGUUCUUUCUGGAUUCUCCUGCUGUCCUGUUCUAUCAUGAUUAAUCCCAGUUUGUCUGAAUUAGCAUUUUCAACCUUACCUAAAAACCGCAUUGGGCUUUUAAAUCGCUCACUGAUGCUGCACUGUGCAGUGGUUGACUCUGGACUGAAGGCUGCACUUCCAGUGAAAUGGGAGAAAGAUGCCGGCAGCCUGGACAGCAGGAUUCAUCAAAUGGCCAAUGGCUCACUUUCCUUUCCCCACUUACAAGAACAAGACUUUGGAAACUAUACAUGCAGCGCAAAGAGAGGCUACAAACAGAUUCAGACCACUGUCAUGGUCAGCAAAGCACGCUUGGAAGAUGUGUUCUUUCACCCCCAGUCCCUUAAAAUUGAAGUGGGACAUGAUGUUUUCUUCCAGUGUGUCUCUGGUGAUAGUUCUCCUCCUGCUCAGAUUGCAUGGUUAAAAAAUGGUAGAGUUCUGACCAGUGGAAACCAGAUUCAGGGACAGUAUGGCGGAGGGAGCCAAAGAAAGACUUCAGGCACCUUGCACAUGGCUAACGUCACCAAAGCAGACCAAGGAAUCUAUGUCUGUAUUACCCACAAUCUUCUGCUGAACAUAAGUAAAGAAAGUCAUGCAGCAACUCUGACAGUGCAGGGUUCCAGUGUAGACUUAAAGAUUAUUGAGGGCCCAGAAAAUGUCACUGUACCCGUUGAAAUGGAAGCUGCACUGCACUGCGUGGUUGAAGGCUUUCCAAUUCCCACAGUGCAGUGGUUUAAGGAUGGACAACCAUUACCCAAUACCUCCAGAUGGGAUCUGCAGAAGAAUGGACAGCUGCUGGUUUUUCAGAGAGUUUUGUCAGAAGAUGAGGGGUUAUAUUUCUGUGAAGCUAGCAAUGAGAGGGAGAAAGUGAUAUCCCAACCAGCCUACCUCUUACCUGCAGUUAUGGACUGGACCUUUAUUGUCGAACCUGCCAACCUAACAGUGAGGAAGGGUGAUCCUGCAACUAUUCCCUGUAGGCCUCCACACAGCAGACCCCAAGCUCAAGUGUCCUGGUUUAAGGACAGCCAACUUCUACAGCCAGGACUGCACUAUACUACUGAUCCUAAUGGAGACAUGCUUUUCCACAGUGUAAAAGAGACAGACAGGGGAUUCUAUUUCUGCAGAACAUCUCAUUCUCAUCUCAAAAGGGCUCUCACCUCGAAAAACAUCUUCCUGGAUGUUCUUGAACCUCCAUCUGUAACUAUCUGGCCGAUGGUGGUGACGUCUCCUGUAGGAGCUGAGGUGGCGAUUCACUGCCAGGUGUUAGGACACCCUGCUCCCUUAAUUAAAUGGUCAAAGCAGGGCCAGUCAGUCCAAACUGGAGGCAAAAUUAUCAUGGGGGUAAGAAACACCACUCUCUACAUUUCAUCAGUGAGAGCUUAUGAUGAAGGCCUUUACACAUGCGCAGCUUCAAACUCAGUAGGUCAUGAUGAGAAAACCAUGACCCUUCGAGUUGCUGAUAAUGGGACAUUAGUCAUCUCCAACAUCCACCGGUCUGAUGCAGGACAGUACCAAUGCACUGCAGAAAACAGAGUUGGUCAGGAUAUGAGAAGUGCCAUCAUAACUGUAACUGGUGAGCAAAGUGCUGGGAACUGA